AUGCAUGGUGAGUUUGACUUCGAGUUCUUAAACUUCAAGGGCAGUUCAACUAACUUCCUCCUUGCAACAGUCAUCAGGCAAAUAACUGUCUUCCUUUUACAGAUUUGGAUCAAACUCCACUCAAGGCAGCUGGCCCAAUAGAGCCAGAGGUGGUUUGGGACUCAGAAAGGGGCAACGAAGCAUACAGGUGAGUGAUCUCUCCAUCAGACAUUUAAAAAACCUUUUCCAUUCAGGGAAUGGUUUUUACAUUUAAUUGUUCCACAGAGCACAUCUGGUUUCUGUGGGUCUCACAGUCAUCAUAUAUGGUGGUGCUCCCUAAAACAUACACAGAGUACAUCUACAGUAUGUUCUGCACGUUGCAAUGAACAGUUGGCCAUGGUGGGCAAAUUCUCUCUGAAGGAAGCUUACCCACCAAUCCUGAUCUCUUCAUUGAGGAACUCCUGGGUCCCUCAAAUGCAGCUGGAAAAUCAUUACCUUGGAGCAUUGCUGUUGCUUAUUAUUUCCAAGAGAGUGAAAAAUAUGGAACUCUGGAUUUUUUUUGAGGAACUGUUGUUUCUUCUCCUUUAUGUGGGAUGUAAACACAGGAGCAGUCAAUGACAACAUUCCUAGAGUGUACAUGUUAAAACAUGGGAGGGAUGUCUGUCCAGCAAGCAGGUAAACUUCCUGGGACGGACUUCCUCCACAUGUGACCAGAGGUGGGUGUGGGCUCACCUGUGCAGGUAAAUGAUAAAAGCACAGGGCAGGCAGCCAUCUCUCUCUCUCAUCUUCAUCUUCUGAAGGAGCAACAUGCCCUCUUGGCUCUCAGCCAAGAGAGGAGGAUAGGACUAUCUUGCUAUAACAUAGAUUCUGAAUGUAUGUAACCUUUUUAAGCGUGUCUGCCUUCUGGGAUCAUAUUGUGAACAGAACGUGAGUAAACUCUUUUAUACUUUUAUAAGGACUGUGUUGUGUCUUGUAUUUUAAGAGGGAACAAAAGGGGAAAUUACCAGAGUAAUUAUUAUAGAGGUUCUAGCGAACCUGUGCAGACGUUACCGUUUCAUAUUUAAAGGGGAAUGUUAUAAACUCUGCUGAUAUUUUAGGAACUUGUUAGCACAAGUUGGAUUAGGAUAUAAUCUCACAAUAUAGCAUCUCCUGCACCUGAAACAUUCCCACACUUAAAAACAUUUUAUUGAUAUGAUUUAAGUUAUAUCCCACCUUUCUCCCAAAGAGUUCAAGGUGGCAUGCAUGGUUUCCUCCCAAUCACUUUAAAGCAGUGUGCUUUUUGGUCUGGUGUUUAGCGCUAAAUGGGUACAUUGGUUACAGAACUCUUGCCCUGCUUACCGAGUAUGAGAAAUUUCCCUGAUGUUCUAGUAUCAUCAACACAAGGGUAAACAGAAGAUGAGUAGUUACUUUCACCAGCUUGCUUUGCUCUGCAUGAAGGCACCAUUUUAAAAACAGCUUCUCGGUAUAAGAAAAAGCGCCUUUUUUUACUUAUUGGUUGGCCUCAUAGCACUUGUGCUUCAGUUGAGUGAUGCUUGACCAGGAGAUGUCCUUCUGUCAAUAUUUUACCUCCAUAACUCAGCGUGUGAAGCAUCUCCUGCAAAAAUAUCAAUUAGAACAGCGUGAAGAAGUUCUCCCAAUUCAUGUUUGACGUACAGUGUAAAUUAAUAACGCAGAAUCUUCUUCAGUAAAAGGAGUCUCAAAGCGGCUAACAAUCUCCUUUCCCUUCCUUCCCCACAACAAACACUCUGUGAGGUGAGUGAGACUGAGAGACGUCAGAGAAGUGUGAGUAGCCCAAGGUCACCCAGCAGCUGCAUGGAGAAGCAGGACGCGAACCCGGCUUCACCAGAUUACGAGUCCAUCGCUCUUACCACAACACCACACUGGCUCUCACAGCAUAGUGAACAGAAGAUUAAGUUAGCUUUAGAGCAUACACAGAGUUACUGAGUCACAUAGAGUCUUCAGUGUGCACAGGCUCCACAAAGCUAAGACAGUCACUGCAGACAGUCACCAGAGACACUGGGUCUGCCUGCAAACAGAUACAAUAUUUAUAAAGAGAAUGACUCAUCCUCAGGAUUCAGUGAUUCAGCAUGCUAAAUGAUUCUGCAGCUUUUCAGCAUUUCACAACAUUUCUAGACUCCUUUACUGCUUCUGCUCUCAAAUACAAUGUUCAACCUGAUUCCACUUUCAUCUUUCCCUUUGUGCCAUUCAGAGUGCACUCCACUGAGGCUGGCUCCUUCCUUUGCGGUAAUACGGAUCUCAUAUGUGAAGUGAAAGAAGCUGUGACUGUAACAUACCACUUUGAUUCAUGGCCUAAGCACCUGGAAGAACAGUCCACUGAGGAGUUGCAUGUCGCUGGCCCUCUGCUCAACAUUAAAGUAGAUGCAGUAGAAGCUGUGGCAGCCAUUCACGUCCCUCACUUCUUGUGUCUUGAAGGUAUGGCAGGGGAAAGUUCCCAGCAUUAUAACCAUAAUAGGAGGAAUCCUAAACAAGAAUAACUUCCAUUGAUGUUUCCAGAAUGCUAUGGGGCCUGCGGUGUGGAGUCUAGAAGUCAGUAGUGCUGGCUUACUAGUCUUUUGUAAUUUUUCAAAAUGUUCCAACUGUGCUGUUUUAUUAUUUUCUAUGAUUUGCACUCUGUUGUAACCUGCCAUGUGAGCAUAUUGUCCUGUGGAACAACAUUAUAAACCUCUUAAAAGACAAUAGGAAAAUAAAUGUUUGCAUGAAAUAAUAAGGUAAAGGACCCUUGACAAUUAAGUCCAGUUGCAGACAACUCUGGGGUUGCGGCGCUCAUCUCGCUUUACUGGCUGAGGGAGCCGGCGUUUGUCCGCAGACAGUUUUUCUGGGUCAUGUGGCCAGCAUGACUAAGCCGCUUCUGGCGAACCAGAGCAGCACACGGAAACGCUGUUUACCUUCCUGCUGGAGCAGUACCUAUUUAUCUACUUGCACUUUGACGUGCUUUCGAACUGCUAGGUUGGCAGGAGCUGAAAUGGGGGGGGGUUAAGUUUCACUUUCCCACUGCUAACAUGCUUGUCUUUUCAGGUGACGACAGUUCCCAUGUCUACGUUGCACAUUUUGUUGAAGGGGAGAUGAGGCUGGAGAAGCCAGACAGAGUAGAGCCUCACCAUGCUGUGUUGGAAAACCCCAAGUUCUCUUCCCUUGGAGUCAUUUUGAAAAAGUGGUUUAAGCAAAAGAUCAACACUGUCGUACUGCUCUAUCAGAGACUUCAGCUGGAAACACCAACAUUUCACCUGUACCUCCUGCCGAAUGACUCUUCUAUAGUAAAGGUAACUUGGAAUCUCCAACUUUGAUUGGUAUUGCAGAUUACCUGGAUCUUUUGCUUGAUCACUCUAACCAUGACAGAAUAGCUAUGCAAAAUUAUUCAUUAGGGUGCAUGAACUGUACUUAUCUUUGUUGGACUUGAUCUGUUUUACCAAACUUCUAGCCAACAUCAACAUGCUACUAGAGAGAAGAUUCACAGUUGCCCUCCACUGGAUGACUUAGCUUCUCACCAACACUGUUGUUUCAAAGUGAAGUUUGCAAUAUUGAAAUACACCCUUUUCCUUUGUUAGCCAGCCUGCUUGCUAGAGGCCAAAUGUCCUGCCUGGUUCUCUAAACAAACGUUGUUGUCACUGACUUGUGAAAACAAAAUUCUAAGCACAUUCUCUUGGAAGCCUUCACUGAAAUAAGUAAGGCUUCCUUCAGAUUUAUUGAUGAACAAAUUCAGCUUUGUUCAUUAAGGAAUCAGCUUGAUAAUUAUGAACUGUCUAUAAGAACUCAUGAGGAAAAACAUUCUUCCUGAUUUGCAGUGUUGGCACAUGGGAGAUAAAGCACAUUAUCAUAUUACAUUCUCAAUCUGAACUUUUCUUAAAAUUGUCUUCUUAUGCUUCAUUCAAAUAUUGAGGUUCUAUGGCUUCUGUGGUUUCCUGCAUGGUCUCAUCAAGAGAAGAUGAGGUGGACGCUGGAUUGCUGGUACCUCUCUGCCUACUUGCUCAGGCUUAGUUCAGGCUGCCCAGUUCAAGAGCUCUGCUGAGUUCCCAUGUGUAGUUUCUGGUGCCAUAGUGGUUUAAUCUUCUUCAUACUGCAGAUGUGGAAUCUGAGUAUCUGCCGAUGCUCUUGGACUACAGCAUCCAUCAUCCCUGACCCCAGCUGGUUGGGGUUGAUUUGAGUCCAACAACAUCUGGAGGGCAUCAGGUUCCCCAUUCCUGCCUUAGCUGGUGUUACGGUGCCAAGAAGGCCGUAGGGAUCCAGUCUUCAAGAAGUUUGGUUCCCUCUUUGCAUAUCUAAAAAGUGAAUUUAUUUGCCAUUCCCAGGCGGUCGAUAAGUGUGAAGUAAAUUCAAAGAGAAUAGAGAAACCCCCUGUGACCCUGAAACCACUGAUGAUUGGUUCUCAGGUAUCUUUGAAGGCUUCAGAGAAUGUCACAGUUUAUCCUGAGGUGAGACAAAUAUGAUGAAAGGUUCUACUGGGGAAGAGUCAAACUGUGAAGUCUGAGAAUGGGAGAAAUUCAGCCAGAGUCCCUCUUCACCCUUUAAUUUGACUCCCUUGUAAUGGUGGGCUGGGCUAAGCCAGAUUCACACUUACAGAGGUUUCAUUCUUCCCACAGGAACUGAAGUUUCAAUACCUGGAUGCAGAGAAACUGCAGCAGUAUGUAGAACUGUCUGCUGAGCAAAUGCAAGACAAGUUCAACUUCUACCUGAUGAAGAAGGGCACGACUGAAAUUAUUUGGGAGGCACAUUUGAAAAAAAGUGAGUUUUGAUCAAGGAAGAUCAUGAGGCAGGAUCAUAUCUAGGAGGCAGGAUAGAAAAGGACCACUGGUGGCAUUCCCUCUUUGACUGCCUCUUUCUUAUUCUAUUUCAGAAGAGUUAAUUUCAGAGGAGCUGGAUUCUCCUAUUCUACACCCAGCACAAGGUCAGCAGGUUGUAAUUAUUUCUCUGCAUGUAUGUGUAUCCCACUUUCCUCCCAAUAGGAGCAGAGGGGGCUGAGGAUACAGUAGCAGAUGAACUGCAGGAAAAUAAAAAGUAACAUUUGUGACUUUAUUCAACAACAGCCCUCCUGGAUAAGGUGGUCUGGGCUAAUCAUUUGGUUUGGUGCCAGAUGAAAAUCUUUCAACUCAGCUAGGUUUUUUUUACAGACGUUUCCCACCCAGAUUCAAGUAAUUCAGCAUGGUAGCACAAGGCACCACCAGGGCAAUGGGACUUUGUCCUCUCCUCACUCUGCUCGCCUCAAUCUUCUCUGGAGGGUCAUAAAACUCUGCAGAACAGAGUUCAGAGGGAGGAGUCAGGAAAUUGUCCCAUCUGACAAGCAGAACUGCCUUUGCUGGCGUUGAAUUCCUCCCUUGAAGUUUUACAGUGUGAGCUUCUCCAUUUUAAACUGAGUAUCAGUUCUUAACAUAUCCAAGAGAAACUUGGAUGUGAUUUGGAAGUCUUGGGCUCAUCUCCCACCAUGCUAAUUUUAUUUGUUGUCCCUGCUUGCUUUGUAUGUAUUCCCUCCCUCUUCACCUUCCCAGGUGCUUGUGGCUGCACACCAAGCAAUGCAUCAUUCAGCAGAACUAACCCUGGACAUGGUGCGGAAGGCAGGUAAGGCUUAACCCUUUCUCCCCCACUCCAUUUCACCAAAAAAGACCCAUCUUGCCAUUAGGCACAGUGAAGCAGCUGCCUCAGGUGGGCAACAGGUAUUGGAGGAUGGGAAGCAAUGGGGAGGCUCUGAAAGUCGUUACUCAGAAUUCAGAUCAAUUCUCGGGAAAUUGCAUGUAUGAUGAACACUUCUGAAGACAGAUAUGUGUGUUCCUGUAAAGAGAAAGAGAGAGAGAUUCCACCAAAUGUGGGAAAUGCACCAAUUUCUUUAUGGCUGUAGCUUUUAUCUACCACUGCAUAUUCAUCUAACCUCAGCGACCAUUUACCUGUACUCUGGUGUUUAGCUUUGCCUUGAACUGUAUCAAACUAGCUAUGGUAAUUUUGAUGUGGUUCUAAACCUGCCAGAGACUGUUUUAAUGAUAUAAAUGUAACAUUAUAUUCUUGAUUUAUUCUAAUCUAUAAAGGUAUGAUGGGAUGAAUACUCUGCUUCAGUUUGUUACUGUUUUUAAAGGCAUACUUACAUUUUCUUUAAUAAAUGUAGCUUACAAUCCUUUAUCACAGUAUUUAAAGCAGGAGUCACCAACCUUUUAGACGGGUGGUCCAUUUUGAAUCUUGAGAGCGUGUCUGUUUUUUCCUGCCUCUGGGGGGUGACAAUGCAGAUGGAUGGAGAAGACCAUCACAGACAGCCUGGUGUCCACCCUGGAGAACUUGCGAGAGAACGAACUCAAGAAGUUCAAGCUCAAGCUCCAUGAGUUUCCUGUUAAGGAGGGCUGUGACAACAUCCCCCGAGGGACAUUGGAGAAGGCAGAUGUGGUGGACCUGAGCCUGCUUCUGCUGAAUUUCUAUACAGGGGAUUAUGCUGCACAGGUGACAGCUGAUGUGCUCAGAACCAUCAACUGCAGGGAUGAGGCAGAGAGGCUCCUCAGGCAUUGCAGGAAGGGGUAAGAAAAGAGGAAUGCUGGCAGCCCACCCCCAACAUGGACAGCAAUUCAGAUCAUCCCUACUUGGGGACUAAGGAGCCGGAAGGAGGAAAGUGUUACAUCAGGGAUAGCCAAACUAUGGGAGAUGGAUUGAGGAUUAAAUCUGUAGAUUUUGAUCUAAACCUCCUCUUCUAAGUGUGUGGGAGAAAUGCAAAUGAAAUCUAGCUGUGAAGCCUUUUUCGCAAGCACCUAUGAGUUUUGCAGUUUACUAAAGCUUAGGAAUUAAGCAAGCCCACCAUUCAAUCCCUUUCAAUUGCAGUCUGCUUACCUUCCUGCUCUUCACCUCCAUUGCAGAGAAUGCACCACACAUUUUAGUAAGAUAAUUGGAAAAGGCUUUCCUUACGUUUCCAUGCAAGCAGCAUAUACAGAAAAAGUAGUAUAGUAUGCAGAAAAAUACUUCUAAGUUACAAUAAAAUUGCAGUAGUCUUAGCAAACAUGACUGAAAGUAGGAGCCUCAACCACACAGGUCUGCUCAGCUUGAAGGCAUGGUGGAAAGAGAGAGUCUUGUCACAGGCAGAAGGAAAUAUAAAUAAUUGUCUACUUUUUUACAGAGUUCCUGCCCAGAGGAGCCAAAGGAAAUGA